AUGCUGAGCGUCUGGUGCUUCUUGGGCCUUGCUGCCGGUUUCCAAAGAGACACUGGCUUCGCGAUCUCCACUUGGAUUUCCGAUUGGGUCAAGGAGAAAUGCCCAGUGGAUGGCAACAGCGACAAAUGUGUGGGGCAGCUGCACGGGCUCGAUAAAAUCCUGCAGCAGAUAUGUGAAGAAUGGGAGGCUCUCACUCCACAAGGGCGGUGUGCGGAGGUUGCACGCAGCAUGUUGCAGAAGGGCACUUGGACCAAACAGCUGCAAUGGAUGACAUCUUUGCCAGAAGACGAGAAGGAUUCUGACUUCUUCGCCCUUCUCUGGACAGGCUUCGCAGAUGAGCCAGCCUUCAAAACCUCCGAGAGUACCAGCUCGAAGGCUCUCCAGCGAUUCGCUCGUGUUUAUCAUGGCAUGCUGCUCAAUCCAGCACCUGGGGGCUCUCCAACUGUUCAGGGGGCGGCAAAGAUGAGGAGUGCCGAAGUGUCCCAGUUGGGCGCAUGCUGUUGGCCUGCCGUGCAGGAUUUUUGGCUGGGCUAUUCCCUCAUGUUCGUAGAUUCAUGGUCCGGACAAGAAAGGCCUCCGGCAGAAGUUGUGGUGCCCAUAAACAAAUGCAUCGAUCCCAGCACAGAAGACGGGUGCGUAGGUGCUCCACUGCAGUCCACGGUCCUUGUGUCAGAAGAGCUACCUUUCCUGAGGAAGCGGAUAAAACAGCACAUCCCCAGCUGGCAACCUAGCUUCGUGAUCUUGGACAUGCGGAAGUCCUGCAGUUCAGUGACACCGGUGGUGCAGGCGGCUUUGGGCACGGCCGUUGCGAAAAGUAAGGUGAGCUGUUUCGACUGCACAGGCACGCUGGAGGAGUGUUAUGCCGAAUGCCUGCGCCAGAGGCCCCUGACUAGACAAGCAUGGGCCGCUUCGAAUGCACCUUUCCCGGAUGCCAACGUGUCGUGUGCCUGGAGCGGGGUGAAAUGCCGAAAAAUGUUCACGGAGGAGAUAGUCGUCACAGAGAUUUGGUGGUCCAGUGUGCAGCUACAAGGGCAGCUUACCAGGUUCGCUGGCUUGGAACGUCUGACCGUGCUAUACCUGCCCUGGAACAAGGAUCUGGCGGGGGACUGCGAGCAAGUGAAGAACUUGAAACGAUUGCGGCGUUUGGACCUCCGUGGCACUGCGGUUGUCUGUGACCUGGAAAGCCUUGGGAGGCUCAGGACGCUGAGGAGAGUCAAGCUCACAGGAUCUCCUUUUCGCGGGAGCCUCGACCACCUCAGCGAGCUCAAGGCGUUGCAAGGUUUGGAGCUCUCCCGGGAAAAAGAUGCCUGCAACGCGACUGGCAACAUCGAGAGCCUGAAAGGCUUCGCUGGCUUGGACAACCUCUACCUGGGCCGGUGCCAGGUCACAGGGAACGUGUCCGAAGCAUCCGGAGACUGGACACGCCUGGAGCAGUUGUACCUCCCCGACACGCAGGUGUAUGGUGCGAUGGAUGCGGCAUGGGAGCCCUACGAGCACCAGGCGAUCAAGGAGAUCAACGUGGCGAGGACCAAUAUCACUUGGAGCUUCGCAGGUCUGGCAGAGGCCCAGAAUGAGACAAGGCAUAUCUUUCCGCAGCUGCGGAAGCUCACCCUCAGUGGAUGCCCACUGGACAUGGAUGUGCACGACUUCCUUUCUUCCUUCGUUUUCAAUAUGGCUAUUGAUACCAUCGAAGCAGCAGGUUGUGGACUGUCGGGAACUGUUGGGAGCAUGCGCCGUGGUUCGGCCUUUGUCAACGGCAAGCUCGAGAACGAUUACCCGUUUUAUUGGGAGCCGUCGUAUUUGGAUUUGUCCGAUAACCUUCUGUCCAGCGUGAAGGGUGUUCCGGCAAACGAGAUGCAUUUUGUAAAUCUGAGCUCAAACCACGGGCUCUCAGAUAUUGAGACGAGCUUCUUGGAAAGCGACUUGUUCAUCGAUCUGCGGCGAACCCCCGUGAACAAGUCAAUUCUUUUCGUUGAGACGCCUGAAAAGUGGCAAACAGACAUGACUGCUCACCCUCAGGCUAUGGAUGCCAGGUCCGAAUGCUAUCCGGUUGCCGGAAGGGAGAAACUCUUUCUCGACAGCCAGACCUUUGCGCCGAGUUUCCUAUGCCGUUGUGUCCCGGGGAACAGAGGCGCUGGAAUCGAUUGCGAGCCUUGCCCUGUAGGGCGCUAUGCGAGCAACUAUAGCAGCCCCGAGUGCACGCCGUGCCCUGAGGGAACAAGCACCUCUGCAACAGGGCGUUCUCAACGAAGCAGCUGCCGCUGCAACAUUCAAGGUCAAGUGCUUCUGACAGAUGAAAGCAGUGGUGCUGAGCGGUGCAGAUGUCCGGAAAAGUUCGGGUUGGUCAAGAAGGGAGACACAGUUUGCAGCAGGUGCCCCAGGUCCAUGUUCAACCUCAAUGACGUGUGCGUUUGCAAGCCAGGUCACUUCGGGACACCAGUCGCUGAUAGCACGUGUCAGCGGUGUGACGUGCAGCAGGGUGUCGCGUGUCCGGAGAGCAAUACUACGCGUCUGACCUGGCAAGUUCAGAGAGGCUGGUGGUACGAGAAGUCAUUAACCCGUAUGCCACGAAGAUGCUUCAAAAGGGAUUUCUGUGUUCGCAAUCUGCAUGUCGCAACUGGUCGACUGUCUCAGCAUUUUCGAUUCGUGGGUGCCCUUGCCAGCACAAGCAGAGUGUUGCAUGUGCAGUCACCGCACCAAAAUCAAUCUUUGGAGCCACAAGCAAUCUCUCGAGACGGCGAAGGCAAUCUCAUUGUGUCUUUCAGGGUCAGUGACCUGCACUCGAUCGGCAUGGAGCAGGACUAUCCGUUGCAGAUUGAGUUCACGAAGUCCACAAGCCUCCAGGCUGUCUACAUGGAAGCGGAUGCAGGGAGUGAAGUCUGCGGCGACCAAGAGUGUUGGCACCAAAUACGCUUUAUCCCGAUGCGUGCGACCGAUGUCCAGCCCAGUCGCCGCUUCCUUCUGUACCAGAACUGCAGGUAUGGACAUCGAGGUCCUUUGUGCGAAGUAUGUGAGCCUGGAUGGUACCGGGUCGGUCCUCUCGCAUCUUGUCAGCCUUGUUCCCGGUCCGGAACUCGCAUCACGUUGCUCUUCUUGGUAAUCCUGGCUGUCUUUGCAGCUGCUGGGGCGUAUGGAGGCCACAGAGCAGCAAAGACCCACGGCUACGAAGGCCUUAAAGACUUCAUACGACAAGCGGUUGAAUCAUGUCGGGAAUCCGUGGGAUGGACGUAUCUCUGGCCGAAGCUGAAGCAAUUCGUCUUUUCCUGCCAGAUGCUGCAUACACUCUCCCUCUUGCGGACUGCAUACUCCGCAUCAGAGGAGAGCUCCAUACACUCCUGGUCCUGGCUUUUGGGAUGGUUUGGUGAAGUGGAUCUGGCGAUCUUGUCGAUGAGACGACUGUCUCAGUGCUGGGGAUCCGAAGGACAGAGCUGUUUCCUGCUGUACUGGCUUACCAUUCUGGAGGUUGCGGUGGUGCUUUUCAUCGGAUGCGGCGUCAGCCGAGCCUUCAGAGCCGACAGGCUGUCGGCAGUUAUCUUAGUCUACAACUUCACCGGCUUGAAAGUGGCCACGAGGAGCCUGAUGUUUAUGAGCUGUACUCAGUUUGAAGGGAAAUCAUUUCUGGUGGCUUGCCAUGACACUGAAUGUGGGACCUUCGAGCAGAAGCUUCACCGAUGGGUGGGAUUUGUGAUUUUCAUGUGCUGGUGUUUUCUUGUCCCCAUGGGCAUCUCGAUGCGCAUGUGGAAGUUCCGAAAGCUGCUGAAUCCAAAAGUGACGGACGAGAUCGCCAUCCGAGAGUUUCCGGAAGACGAGUAUCGGCAAAAGCGGGCUCUGCGUGAAGCGUAUCGAUCAAAGGAAGGUCUCCGACCCCCCGAACUUGUGCCCAGGGGCUUGGUUUAUACGGAGAAGGAGCUGCAGAUCUACUUCCAGAUCAGCGAAGCCAAUCGCCCGAGUUGCUGGUGGUUUGACGUUGCUGCCAUGUCAAGGAGGCAGCUUUUGGCUGGAAUUCUCAUUUUGCCGCGUGACCAUCAGCUACUCAUCGGAUUGUACUACUGCAUGGCCAUGGUGUUCCUAAACCUUGUGGUUCAGCCUGCGCUGGACUGGUCGGAUUCCCUGUCCGAGGGCGCGUCGUACGGUGCCAUGGCUCUGGCGCUGGGCCUGCUGGAUCAUCCUUCGAGCCCGAUCUUCUGGGUCCCAUUGCUGCUUCCAUUCUUCGUGUUCGUAUGGCUGCUUUGUCGCGGCUAUGUCUUCAAGUCCAGGACCAAACGGGUGUGGGAUCCGCGCCUUCACGAGCAAAAGUUCUUCGAGCAGUUCAGGCGGCGGGAAGAACAUGCACAAAAGUCUGUGCGGCGUGGGGCAGCUGCAGGUAUGCCGCAUGCAGAGAUCGAGAUGGAAGUGAGGCACUGGAGUGCCAGGUGA